AGUCUCUUUUCCAACGUUCGCGCAACAACUUCUGGGUAAAACAGAGAAGGAGCUCGCUUCCCGCGCUGUGCCGCGGCAUAUAUUAAAUUUAGUCAUUUUCAAAAUAUUCUACUCCGUACACAAAUAAUGAUUCAUGGCUAAUUUAUAGUUGUAAAGGCUUUUUCAAUGCGACAUUGCGGUUCUCCAUAAAAGCCCCAAGUGUCUGCUUGAGAUGCAAAUGUGUAGUACGAAUAUGUUUCGGAUUCUGUUGCGACGACGCCAAUUUGUAUUCGCGGCCCACACGCCGCCGCUCGAUCCUUAGAUCUCUUUCUGGACAAGUCCACAAAAACCCCUUCCCAUCACCACUUACCCCGUCGGAGCAGCAACAGCUUCACACACAGACUUUCGAAACGCCCUUGGGGCGUCUUCCAAUGAUGCGAAUCCCGUUGAUUCAAAUAAUCAAAGUAAUUUUCGUGCUCUCAACAAUUGUCGCCGUCACAGAUUGUUGUUCGAGCCGAAUUCUACUACUCCGCGAGCACACGCUGAAAAUUGUGCAGCAUCAGCACAAUUUUCACAAUCACAUGCACGAGCAUGCCCACGAGCUGCAGCAGCAGAUAGAGGAGCAUGUGGUCCAGCUGGUCAACCAGAUGGAACUGCAGCAGCAGCAACAGGAGGAGCAGCAGCAGCAGCAGCAGUUGCAGCCAACGGUCCGGGAAGUGCCACCGGAGCCGGAUGAAGACGGAGAACUCCUGCCCAAUACGGUUGAGGAAGCCUCCGUGGAACCCAUGCUAGAAGAACAGCUACUGGGCGAGCCGUCGGCCAGCAGUACAGAAUCUUGGCUAGCCGGCGAGAGCACCACAAAAACCGAUGCUACCACGGAGACGACGACGACCACACUCACUACAGUCACUCACACCGGCGAACCGCCACCCGAUGACAGCUCGCCCAGUAGUGCGGGGGCCACGUUUUCGACUGCCAUCCCAAUGGACAAGGUCAAGGAUACGGCCGACAUCAUCAUGCUGCCCUGCAGCGACUCCUUCAAGACGAACUUCUGCCUGAAUGGCGGCAACUGCUUCCGCUAUCCGCUCGGCAACAAUAGCCUUUACUGGUGCCGUUGCGCCGACGGCUAUGACGGACUACGAUGCGAGUUCAAGAACUGGAAUGGCGACUAUGUGAAGGCACCGCCAGCACUGGAGGCACACCCAAAGAUCCGGAUGGCACGCAUCGUCUUCUCCUUUCCCAUGCUCAUUCUCCUAUCGACGAUCUAUGUGCUGUUUGCGGCCGUAUUCAUGCUCCGCAAUGCGCCCGAAUAUCGGCGGAAGCAGCAGCAACUAAACUUGCACAAGCAACGGUUUUUUGUCAGAUGUUGAGCCAGGCCCCCAAGCGUGGGGCUGCCAACUUAUUGCGUUUGGCGUUUUUGUAUUAUUAAUUUUUGCCCAGUUGGGGCAACUCUGCAGCUUUUGUAUAUGCAGCUAAUUUUGUUGAUUUGAUUUGAUUUGGAAACGAAUUUUGGUUUCACAAUACUCGGAAUUUUUUUUGGUAGAUUUUUAGGACUCUCUCUAUGACUUCUAUAUCUUUACGUUGCGCAA